GUCCGGCACGCACUCGAAGAUGUGCUGCAGCCUUUGAUCGGAAAGGACAAGCGACUCCGGUGCCCUCUCUGGAUGUGGGUGCAGAUUGGCGCUGUUUCGGCAGCAGAGGCCAUUGUGCGAAAUGCCUCGCACGAUGAGGAAAUCGACGUUGAUGUUCUCGUUGCCUUGCAGCGGUGCCGUGACCACUCGGCCAAGGAGGAGAUCACCAGCCUCUUGCAGGAUCACCUCGGCGAGGAGGAAUUCAAGAGACUUGAGGCUGCUGCAGCAACUCGUCGACUCCUCAUGGAACUGCGAGAGGCUCACACCGAAGAGCGCGAGCCAGAGUUGGACAUCGUUUGCGAAGCGCUUGCUCAAGGUGCCAACCCAAAUGCGCAGGAGGAGGACGAAGAGGAGACGGACGAGGAAGAGGGGGAGGACGAAGAAGACGAAGCAGGAAGCAUGGAGGAGGACGAGGACGGAGAUGAGGAGGACAGCGACAAGGAGGAUGGCGAGACGGAGCCAGAAGGCGAGUGGGAUGAAGACGACAUAGGAUGA